CGCACCGCACAAAACAACACACAAAGCAUUGUGACAGGUGCUUUGAGUUGAAUGACGGAGUGUGGCGUGAGGUUCAGGGAAACGUUAACCAGAAAGUGGAUACAGGGAAACAGGGAUUUUAUAAAUGUUGGAGUCGACGAGGAGCACGAGAUAUACAGAAUAAGCCGAGGGCCCUAAUGAACACAGACCAUGGCAGGGGGUGUGUUUCAUGUAGAAUUCGGAAUUAACGACACCGUGCUCACGCGAGCGCUAGAAAACAGGAAGUACUCCGCGGCUGAAGCAAUCAUCCGAGAUAACACCAACCCAUCGUAUCUCGAUGAAGGCUGUUACCAGAGAACCCCUCUGUUUAUAUGUCUUUGUGGUGUAGACGAAGAACAGCAAGCAGUCCGACCCAGAAAUUUAUACUUGGCCAGACUGCUGGUUGAAAAUGGUGCCAACGUCAAUUACAGAGUUCCCAUGACAUUUGGAUCUGAGUAUGAAGGUCCUGGGAAAAGUCCACUUGAACUGUUGACGGAUUUCUACAACGAUCUGACCAAACUCGUCCACCCCCACAGUAAGGAACUCUGGAGUGCUCACCACAGCCAGUGGGAUUUACAAAGUGAUGUUGUGAUAGGCCUCAAUAAACAGUACCUCACUACUCCAGAGGAGGUAACCCAGCACGUGGAGGACCUCAUCUUCAUCAUCAUCGGUCAUGGAGGAGAUAUAAAUAUCUGUGAUGAAACCAAAAUGACGCCGCUGCACCGCACCGCCACUUUGUCUGUCGACACCCACCUGUUCAAAGUUCUCUGUGAAAACGGAGCGAACAUAAACGCGCUGGACUGUCGCGGGAACUCCCCCCUCCUGGCAAUGUGUGACGUGUUAGGGACCGAGGACUACGAUUUCUUCGAGGACUGGUCCACGACGAGCGAUGACACGUAUGAGGACACGAACACCACGUUUUCUGUGCAGCACGAUUUCUUGGAUUAUAUGUUGUCACUGAAAAACAUUCAGGUGAACAUCAGCAAUAAUCGGGGUCAGACAGCUCUGUUCCACAGCGUGCUGAGGGGGGACGUGCUGGCUUGUCAGAAACUGCUGAAGGCAGGGGCGGAUCCCGCAAUUAGGGGAACGGUUUGGGAAACCAGGAAACGCAAAAGGAAGCUCUCUCCAAUCUUUGUAUCGUUCUUGUCCAUUCCACUCCAAAGAACCCUCGGCUUUCAGAACACUUAUCAUCUUCUAGCUCGCGCUCCUCAGCAAUAUUCCCACCUAGUGGAUUCAGGUUACUUCAACAGGAAAGAAAUAACUGAAGAAGUAAAGGAACUAUUAGACAACGAAUUUCCAGAAUUUGAACAUUUGAAGGUGGUGUCCGACAAACUGGUGAGGAUGAUGAGUGGUCAGACUACUGCUGGACUUCGUCAGCUGGCCACGCGGACAAUCUUCCAACAAGUCUUUCUUCAAAGUACAAAGUCACUCGGAAAACUCUUGCCAUCAAACUCUCUCAAAAGCUGUCUCCAGAACGCUGAUCUCCGACAGAUGGACGUCUACGAUGAAUACAUCAAUCUGGUUUUGAACCGGACCGUGCUCCAAGCUCUCGUCGUGCGACUGGGACUUCCCGGCGAUUCUUUGAUUAACUUUGAGGUUGAGCUUCUGGUACACCAGAUGGCGAGUCGCUUUUCCGGGUAUAAGGUUGUUCCACCGGAAAACCUGUAUACCGGGGAGAGCGGGGAAAGUUCGGUGUCGGACGAUAGCGAUCUGGCGAGUAGCCAGGAUGAGGGCGAUUCUGAUCUCGAGUACUGGUGAAAAACCCACCCUGAUGUUGACAGAAUUUCCCCGCCACCUACAGGAUGUAGACCAGAUAGAAUUUCUACGUGUAAGAGCGUGUAUGAUGUAUUUUCCCCAGUAUGUAUGAGUUAUAUCCUGGGUUGCUUUGGCUUUGGCGAUUACAAUAUUUAGUUAUUAAUUAGUUUGUUAUGAAGUAAUGAAGUAUGUUAUUUAAUCAUGAAGUUGUGAUUAGUACAGUCAAACCUUGUUAUCUCGAUCUUGAUGGGACCGAGAAAAAACUUCGAGAUAUCCGAGUAUUCGAAUUAUCGAGGGUAGAGAAAGAAUAAGUGGUUGGGACUUCCGAAUCACUUAGACAUCACAUAUCCAUGAUUUUCGAGAGAUCGGUGUUCAAGAUAUCAAAGUUCAACUGUACACUAUGAAAUUAUAACUUUAUAAGUUUAGUUAGUUAUGUAGUACUUUACUGAGUUGUUGCAAUGAAGUACAAAAUAUGUACUCUGUAUGUUAAAGCUGCCCUCCGCGUCUCUCUUCCCGCCCUGUGACCCGAUUAGGGAGGCAACAUUUAGAUAAUUACAAUAUGUGAUUCAUUCCCUUGUGUUUCGAGUUCUGGAUUUUUACACUGCUUAUGUAGAUUUUAAUUUUAUUUAUUAAUUCAAAAUGUAUGCUAUUUAUAAAGAAGACUAUAUAUUGGUCAGUGCUGCUUUGAUCAAGUUCACAGAUAAUGAAUGCAACUUUGUAUAAUUUACUUAUGUACUAUGUACAUUUCAUGUGAAUUUAUACACGUGGUACUCUUUAACACCUGGUGUUAUUUCUGUGUAGUGAAAAGUGACUCGCGGGAUUUUCAGGCAUGUUCCGUUUUGUUUGAAAACCAUGCAAAUAUUGAGCAACAUAUUGAGCAAGAUAAUGACAUACAAAAAAUCACACAUACAAAUUAAUACACUCACAGGAUAUUCUGGUGAAAAUCAUACAAUUUUUUGUUAAUACUGUAUAUAACUUUCAGUGAUUUUUAUGUGGUAAUCGUGUCAAUAUUCGCAUGAAAAUGUUGCAAUAUUUAUGCAACAUUGAACUAUGAAGAAACGGGAACAUCAAAGCUUAAUAUAAAACAUUAUUUUGUAUUUCCAUGUUUUAGACACAUAAUACUGAUAACAUCAUUUAUAAUGAUGUCAUUUUCUGUUAACUUUAUUAUUAGUCUUAAUCCUGCUUAAAAUCACACGAUCAUCAUCUCCAGUCUGGAAAUCCAGAUUAAAAUUAAUGUUCGCAUUACAAGACAGAUCAUGUUCACAUGAAUUCCGAACAUAUUUUGCAUGAACACCAUGUGAAUAUUUAAUGCGAAUAGCAUGUGUUUUCAUGUAGCCAUCUCAAUGACAUGCAAAAUAUUCACGUGAAAUUAAUGCCAUGAGAAUCGCGUGAGCCACCUUUUCUUGUGCUAUACCAGUGUUUUAUUAAUUACUGUGCGUCUGCUUAUUUUAGUGUAAUUAGAUUUGAUGGACUCGGAGCUGAUGCGCUAUUUAGCAUAAUGAUGAUUUAGCACUUCUUCAGUCUAUGAUGAUGGAUAGAUAGAGAAUUUCAUGAUUUAGUGCUUCUUCAGUCUAUGAUGAUGGAUAGAUAGAGAAUUUCAUUUUUAAGUGUAACGAUUUAGUGCUCUUACUUCACCGCUAAAGGUUCUAAAAUUUGAAUCCUGCUACAAUAAGUACACAUACUGUAUUUGUAAGCGCUUAAACAGAAUAACAUGUUAAUGUGAACAGAAUAACAUGUUAAUUAAUGUUCGAGAUGUUUAGCUCACUACAUUAGUGCUAUUUUAAUCAUGAAGUUGUGUGACGGUCAUUUUUACUGCUAAGUAUAUUACAUUACAAGUAUGUGUGAGAAUUAAGUCAGUGGCACAUAUAGGGGUUACCACCCCCCCCCCCCCCAUCCCCACCCCCGGAAUUUUUUUUUAACAAAACCAGUUCCUUUAGGGGAUGCUUCUGCACUUUUUUGAUGUUAAACAUUAUUUUACUAAAUGGAGUUGCACCCCCCUUUUUUAAAGAUAUUAUCUACAUCUCUGUCCUUGUACUUGUAGGUUAUUUACGUGCUUGCUUGUUAGCACAUAUGAUUCUAUGAAUCUCUUGCUGCAGAUUGUCAAAUUUGACUUGCGAGUCGGAAACAACAUUCAUAAAGUUUUAAUUGUUAUAUUAAUUUUAUAUUCCUCUAUAUAUGCGGAGUCUUAAUUAUUUGAUUUUUACUAAUUGUCAUAUACUUCACCCCCACCCCCACCCCCACACAUCUAAAAGCCAGGCUAUCAUCAUUCUGUAUAUUCAAAAUUACAUGUACGAGUUUGUUUCACAGCUUUUUACAUGAACAUGUGUUCAUGUUACAAUGUACAAGAACUCUCAGGGGUGACAUUUUGUGACAGUGUUCAUCAACGAGAAACUGAUCAGAGACUGCUGAACAGUGAAAUUAUUGCCUUCAAUAUGCUUAUAGUUUAUGUUGCUCAAAUUAUGUGACACACACCAGAAAUGGUAGAUCUAUAUUUUUCUUUUAGAUCAAAUCAGCCUCUGGUUCACUGAAUAAAUCAAUGCACCACGCACACUACAUUCCUUGAAAGGUCUUGUUUCGUAUACACGAGAGCUGAAGUAUUGUGCCCCCCCCCCCCCCACCUGCCACGAGUUGUUAAUGCGUGUCCCCCCCCCCUUUACUUUCCUGCCACGAGUUGUUAAUGUGUGCCCCCCUCCCCCACUUUCCUGCCACGAGUUAAUGUGUGUUGUUGUACAUGCACAAGGUUGCAAUGUUGCUAGAAUUCUUUUUGUGAAUUUAUCAUGAAAUGAGCACACAGUUGGCUAAGCUUUGUGCUUUACAGGAAGGAUUUUUAUGACAUAUGUGACUGUGUAACUUUUGUGAAUAUUUGUGUCGCAUCUUAUUUUCUAAUGAAACAAUAUAUUGGUACUAAUCAGAAUUUUAAUGUAUAACCCAGAGUGUUUAUUUAUCAUGUUAAUUAUUCAAUCAUAAAUCACCAUGGCGAUACAGGAUGUACAUGCUGUAAAACAGAUGCAGCUUCUAUUUAUAGAACUAAGAUAUAUACAAGACAUACUUAAACAUGUAUUACUCCUGUAAAAGUAAUAAAUGGAAUUUAAUUAAAUUUAGAUCCUUUCAUACAUUCUCAUAGAGUUUACUUGUACAGAGAACUAAAGUCCAAUUUAAAUCAGACUGAAAGAUUAUUUGACUUUUGAAUUAUUUAGGAGACAUCGCCCAUAUUAGUGACAGGCACUGUUAUACUGAGCGUUGAACGACACACGUCAGAAAAAAGUGUAUUUAACUUGUAACAAUAAAGGAGGGUAAACUUUGAAGAGACUUUUCCUCCGUGGAAUAUAAGAUUGUGUGCAAGUGUACUUAAGUUUACCAUUGGACGUUAAGUGUACACCGUUUUGUUUCUUCCACCACUGGACGUUAAGUGUACACUGUUUUAUUUAUUCGACCACUGGACGUUAAGUGUACACUGUUUUAUUUAUUCCACCACUGGACGUUAAGUGUACACCGUUUUGUUUCUUCGACCACUGGACGUUAAGUGUACACUGUUUUGUUUCUUCCACCACUGGACGUUAAGUGUACACUGUUUUAUUUAUUCGACCACUGGACGUUAAGUGUACACUGUUUUAUUUAUUCGACCACUGGACAAGAAGUGUACACUGUUUUGUUUAUUCGAUGCAUUCCUUUGAUUUCUAUGUUGCUGAUUGUGUAGUGCUUUAGUUUGUAUGUUUUGUUUUAUACUUUUGAAUCUAUAUACAUAUCAACUGUGUAGUGUGACAACCUUUGUUAUGUUUUGUUAUGAUUUUUUUUUUAUACCAGAUGUGAUUUGUGCAGAAUAAAAAGUAGGCCUAGAAA